AUGAGUUCUUUAAAGCAAUUCAUCCGCAAUGUGCGAGCGGCAAAGACCAUCGCCGACGAACGAGCCGUCAUCCAGAAGGAGAGCGCCGCUAUCAGGGCGAGUUUCCGCGAGGAGAGCCACGACCAUAACGUGAGGCGUAACAACGUCGCCAAGCUACUGUAUCUAUUCACUCUGGGCGAGAGGACACACUUCGGUCAGAUAGAAUGCAUCAAGCUGCUCGCCUCGCCGCGCUUUGCAGACAAGCGCCUUGGACAUCUGGCAACCAGUCUGCUGUUGGAUGAAAACCAGGAGGUGCUCACCCUGGUCACCAACUCACUCAAGAACGACCUAGGGCAUUCCAAUCAAUAUGUCGUCGGUCUAGCCCUCGGCACCCUUGGCAAUAUCGCUUCCGUCGAGAUGUCACGCGACCUGUUUCCCGAAAUCGAGACCUUAGUAUCUACCGCCAACCCCUAUAUUCGGAGGAAAGCCGCCCUCUGCGCCAUGCGAAUAUGCCGCAAGGUCCCCGACUUACAGGAGCAUUUCGUCGAGAAGGCCUCUCAGCUUCUGUCGGAUAGGAACCACGGCGUGUUGCUGUGCGGCCUGACCCUGAUCACCAGUAUGUGCGAAGCCGAAGAGGAGGAGGGUACCGAUGAGGGUAUCAUCGAAAAGUUUAAGCCAUUCAUACCAGUACUGGUGAGGACUCUCAAGGGCCUCGCCACCUCUGGCUACGCCCCUGAACAUGAUGUCACCGGCAUUACGGACCCUUUCCUGCAGGUCAAGAUACUUCGUCUCCUGCGCGUGCUUGUUCUCGGCGAUGCUGAUGGCACCGAGCAAAUCAACGACAUCCUCGCGCAGGUCGCCACCAACACCGACUCGUCCAAGAACGUUGGCAACUCCAUCCUGUACGAAGCCGUCCGGACCAUUCUGGACAUCGAGGCCGAUUCGGGUCUCAGGGUGCUGGGCGUGAACAUUCUCGGCAAGUUCCUUACCAAUCGGGACAACAACAUCAGAUACGUUGCCCUGAACACAUUGAUCAAGGUCGUCGCCAUUGAACCAAACGCGGUUCAACGUCACCGGAACACGAUUCUAGAAUGUUUGAGAGACCCCGACAUCAGUAUACGGAGGCGUGCUCUCGAUCUAAGCUUUACUUUGAUCAAUGAGAGCAACGUCCGUGUUCUCAUUCGUGAGUUGCUUGCGUUCUUGGAGGUCGCCGACAACGAGUUCAAGCCCAGCAUGACGAGCCAGAUCGGUAUUGCAGCCGAUCGAUAUUCCCCCAACAAGCGCUGGCAGAUCGAUACCAUGUUGCGGGUGCUGACGCUUGCUGGAAACUACGUCAAAGAGCCCAUCAUGGCCUCCUUUGUUCGGCUGGUAGCUACGACCUCGGAACUCCAGACGUAUGCUGUCCAGAAACUAUACAAUAACUUGAAGAAAGACAUAACCCAGGAGAGCUUGACCCAGGCCGGCGCCUGGUGCAUAGGAGAGUAUGGAGACUCAUUAUUGAGAGGAGGCCAGUACGAAGAGGAGUUGGUGAAGGAAGUCAAAGAACACGAGAUCAUCGACCUGUUCAACACCAUAUUGAACAGCAGUUACGUGACGCAAAUAACCACCGAAUACAUAGUCACGGCUCUCAUCAAGCUCAGCACGAGGCUCUCGGACGGGUCUCAGGUCGAGCGUGUGCGACAUCUUUUGCAGACUCACCAGACUAGCUUGGAUGUUGAAGUCCAGCAGCGAGCAGUCGAGUACGGCAACUUGUUCUCCUACGACGAGAUACGCCGGGGCGUUCUCGAGAAGAUGCCGCCGCCGCAAAUCAGAGAAGAAUCCAGGGUUCUUGGCGAAGCUACCAAGAAGACCAAGAAGGGAGCCAACCGCAAAUCAAAGCUCAUCGCGAAGCCAACAACAGACCAAGAUUUGCUUGAUCUCAUGGGAGACAGUACCUCGACGCCCAUCGCUUCGCCAACGAAUGGUGCGCCGACCAACACUGAUCUUCUGGCUGAUAUACUUGGAGGGUCUACCUCACCGCCUACCGCCACUUCACCAGCGCCCCAACAGGGCAACGCUGCGUCCAUCAUGGAUCUCUUCUCACAAGGUCCGACACCUUCAGCCCCGAGCCCUGCCCCUGCCAGCUCUGGCUUAGACAUGUUUGGAUCCGUCGGCUCUCCCCCACCUCAACAACCAGCAGCAGCUCCCGCCCCUGCUGCCCUCCCUUGCUAUGACGGAAAUGGUCUGAACGUCACGCUGCAGCUGCAGCGGAACGCCGAAGGGGCGAUACAGGUUAUGGCCCGCUUCCGGAACUCUUCCGGGUCUCUGCUCUCCAACGUGGGCCUCCAGGCCGCUGUACCGAAAUCCCAGAAGCUUCAACUCAUGAGUAUUACCAGUGCAGACAUUGCCGCCGGCAUGGAAGCAACCCAGGUCAUGAGGAUUACGGGAAGCAAAGGGCCCCUCCGGUUAAUGUUGAGAAUUGGCUAUUCGCAUCCGUCGGCUGGCCAGGUCAUGGACCAAGUAAAAUGGACGGAACCUUUGUGA